CCGCCAAGGACCCACAGCGAGAAGAAUAUUCCUGCGUUCGCCCACCAGCCGCUGACCCUUCCCUGAGAAAGAUGAUCACUGGGCCACUGCUGAUCUGUUCCUGCCUGACUCUCUCCAUCUCCGUCUUCACAUCUGGGACUGGGGCUCCCCCGACCACCGUGAACGGAACUCGGGGACACUCGGUCUCCUUACCUACUGGGAUCCCAGUCAGACCGGAUGAUGCUGAGGUUGUGUGGAAUCGGGUAUCACCCAGAAUCAUGAUAGUGAAGUACUUGAAGGAUAACAUUACCUACUUCGGUCCUGAGGAGUACAAGCGACGGAUAACCUUUCAUCCUGGGAACUUCAGUCUGGAAAUCCAUGAUCUACGGAGAGAGGACUCUGGUGAUUAUGAGGUGAUGUUUGCAGCAGCAGGUUCAGGAGCUGAAAGUAAAACAACAGUGCGACUGGAGGUGUACGAGCCGGUGUCAGGAACAAACAUCACAGUUCAGAAUAAUACUGGAGUCUGUAACUUCACCCUGACCUGCUCGGUGAUGUCAGGUGACAGCACCAGCUUCAGAUGGUGGAGGGGCGAUGAAACUGUGGUGAACGACAGCCUCCAUAACCUCUGGGGACAUGGAGAGACGUUGGAGAUUCAUCACACACCAGAGAGCAUGGACGUUGUGUACAAGUGUGAAGCCAGGAAUCCCGUCAGUACGGACACAGCGGAGAUUCGGUUGUGGGAGAUCUGCAAACUGCACACAUCUGAUUCCCCCAUUGUGUCAACUUCCAGUGUCGACCAGACAGAUUCCACCAAAGAAUCAACUCAAAUUGACAACCGGACAGAUGCAGAUCCUGUGUCCUUGAGCCCGACCCUGGUGAUCGGACUGUCCGUAGUGGGGGCCUUCCUGGUCUCCAUUCUCAUUGUGAUUCUCUUGGUCACAUGGAGGAGAAGAGCUGCUGGAAAAGAAACGUCUUCAGGCACUGAAGACCCGGCAGCGGAGAACACUGUUUACGCAAAUAUUCAGUGGAAUGCAAAGAGUCGCACUGGCCGGCAGCCCCCCAAGGGGAACAAGAGGUUUGUUGAUCCUGAGGUUCAUCCCGAGACUCCCCAGACUGAGUACGCUGCAGUCAUGUUCCGUGCCAGACCACACCCUGGAUCGGCUGGAGAAGCAGCCCGUAGAUAACGUCCCGCAGUCUAGGAUGGACCCUCCCUCCCUUCGCUCAGGCACAAGGAUGGCACUGACCCUCGAGGGGAGCCGAGGGUGGGUAGGGAGAUAUUGGGGAUUCACUGUGUCCCAUGGUUGUGGCUGUUGAUGUUGUUUCGUAUGGCAGCUGUUUUUCCCUUCACAUGUCUAAUUGGUUUCUGUCAAGCCAGUCCUCUAACUCAAUGACCCACGGCAAAGCCGUCUUGGACCUUGUUGAGAGGGCAUGUUGGGACCAGGUGGCGGGUGUCCUGGGUUGUGGCACCACAGGGGCAAGCUGAGCUUUGUCCGAUGCCCCAUCGGUGCAGAAUUUGCGCUGUUUUGGCAUGUCGACUUCUGAGUCUAUUUGCGGCUGUCCAGUAUUUUCUGAUAGCUGUAGUAAAGCCCGUGAGGAGUGAGGUGGGGUCCUCGAUCAGACCACCACUGGCAGGAACGUUGGUGUGCUAGUAUUGGUGUCAUUGUGUGUGUUCAUCAUAGGAAUCGAGGUUUUUCAAGUUGUGGAAAGGUUUGUGGGAUUUGUGUCGGGAAGUUGAAGGUUGUGGUGGGACUAAUGGGACAACAAUGUGGCUGCACAUUCCUGCUGGACUUUGUAAGUGUUGGAUAUUAGUUUAUCGACUUUGUUUGUGAGCUCCAUCUGUACAAACGCCCCCGUCCGUAAUCAUCCCAUGUGUACCCACACCUCCGUACAUAAUCGGCCUAUCUGCACCCACAACCCUGUCUUUCAUCGACCCAUCUGCACACACUCCCUAGCCCAUAAUCGACCUAUCUGCCCCCACAUCCCCCGUUUGUAAUCAACCCAUCUGCACACACUUCCCAGUCUGUAAUCAACCCGUCUGCAGCCACAACCCCAUCAGUAAUCAAACCGUCUGUAUCCACUUCCCCAGUCCAUAAUCCCCCUUGUCUGUAACUUUCCCUGUCCAAAAUUGGCCUGUUGACACCCACUUAUCCAGUAGUUUAUUAUUAAUUGAAAAAUUGAGUUUGUGCCCAGCGUCUAUCUUCUCACUGCUACCCCACCUCAGGCAAUCAACCCUCAACACUGGUUCACAGCCAGGAUGUGGCGUAAUGGCCAGAAAAGGUCUCACCUAUGACUUGUCCAGGUGUAAAAUGACAUCACGACUGCUCUCAUUAUUAUUUACAAGGUGGCACCGAGUUGUGAUGUGGCUGUCACUUUGUGGUUUAGAAUCGCAGGGACAGUUAAUGGUGACAGGGUGGGAAGUUUCAGGCUAGGUUAGCUGUAGUGACCUGGUGAGGGGAGUGAGAGGUCAAGGGCAGAAAGUGAGUAGUUAGGGGAAGGAACUGGACAAUCAGUUUGGGCUGCUCUGAGGUUAGAGGCUAGUGAUCCCCAAGAACAAGGGCCAGUGAUUCCCGAGGACAGUGAGUCCCAGGAUUGGAGGUCCAAGGUCAUUCAACAAGGCCUGAGGUCAGCGGCUCUUGAUUGGUGAGUCCUGGUGUUGAAGACCAGAGAUCAGAGUUCCCAUGUCUGAGAGUCUGGGGACACAGUCUGGCUGUCGGAGGCCACGAGGUGGCCUGCCCUGGGGAGGGAAACCUGUCUGUGUGUGGGAGUGGGGGUUGGGAAAAGGUUUUUUUUGCUGUUUUUCCCAGUUCUAUGUUGAUUACAUGUUGUUCUACAAGACAUUAUGGGCAUGCAAUAUUGUCGCCAGAACUUGUGGUGACACUUGCGGUCCGCCCUCAGCACAUCCUCACGUUGUGUUGGUUGUUAUCUAAAUGGUGCAUUUCACUGUAUGUUUCAAUAAACGCAA